CUGUAUGUGGAGCAGUGUACAGUGAAGCGGAGGUAGAGCGGCUCCGCGAGCUCCUCUCCACUUUCCCAUAGAGGAACCCUGACUGGCCGCUGAGGGCGAGCCACACACACGCCCUCACGCCCGGCGAGCCCGCGAGGUCACUAUCAUAUGACAAAGGCUUUGCCGCAGUUCCAUCUUCCUCCCUGUGUACUUUCCAUUUGCCUUCCUGGAAUCCUGCUGCAUCACAGAAGCUGGAAAUUCUGAUGUUCCAUUAAAAUCACAAUGGAAAGUCUUGACUUGACGGGCACCCUCAGGAAGACCCCAAGCCUCUAGCGGUACCUGGUAUCAUCUCCAGCAUGUUUAUAGAUGUGGAGGAUUCCCUGGGAUAUUGAGAAAUACCAGAGGCGCAUUGUUCUCCUGUAGUCACAGUAAUGAAAGGCAGUAAUAGAAAUAAGGAUCAUUCAGCAGAAGGAGAAAGGGCUGGAAAACGACCAAAACGAAAGUGUCUUCAGUGGCACCCACUGCUAGCAAAGAAACUGCUGGACUUUUCAGAAGAGGAGGAAGAGGAAGACGAAGAAGAGGAUAUUGAUAAGGUUCAACUUCUUGGGGCCGAUGGCCUAGAGCAAGAUGUUGGUGAGACUGAUGAUGAAUCACCAGAACAGCGAGCCCGGAGACCAAUGAAUGCAUUUCUCCUAUUUUGCAAACGUCAUCGCUCCCUUGUACGUCAGGAACACCCCAGGCUUGAUAACCGAGGUGCUACCAAGAUACUGGCUGAUUGGUGGGCUGUUCUAGAUCCAAAGGAAAAGCAGAAAUAUACAGACAUGGCCAAGGAGUAUAAAGAUGCAUUUAUGAAAGCAAAUCCUGGCUACAAAUGGUGUCCUACCACAAAUAAGCCUGUGAAAUCCCCAACACCCACUGUCAACCCACGAAAGAAACUAUGGGCCUUCCCAUCUGACUCUUCAAGAGAUUUGCCAAGCCCCAAGAAAGCAAAGACUGAAGAAAUGCCUCAGCUAAACUUUGGAAUGGCUGAUCCUACUCAAAUGGGAGGCCUGAGCAUGCUGCUUUUAGCUGGAGAACAUGCUCUUGGCACACCUGAGAUAUCCUCUGGCGCUUGUAGGCAGGAUGUUUCGGAAUCCCCUGAAUUACGUCAGAAGUCCCCAUUGUUUCAGUUUGCUGAGAUAUCUUCAAGUUCGUCCCGCCCUGAUACUCCUUCAAAACAGUGUCAAGCAUCAGCCUUGUUUCAGUUUGCAGAGAUUUCUUCGAACACUUCGCAGUUGGGUGGUGCCGAGCCUGUGAAGCGCUGUGGGAAGUCGGCACUCUUUCAACUGGCAGAGAUGUGUCUGGCAUCGGAGGGGGUUAAAAUGGAGGACUCAAAGCUAAUAAAGGCAAAAGAAUCAGAUGGUGGAAGAAUUAAAGAAUUGGAGAAGGGAAAGGAACAAAGAGAAAUAAAAAUGGAGAAAACAGAUGAAGCCAGGUUACAGAAAGAAGCAGAAUUUGAAAAAUCAGCUAAGGAAAAUAUCAGAGAUUCUAAGGAGCUAAGAAAUUUUGAGGAGCUGCAAAUGGAUGAUAUAAUGGAUAUAAAAAUGGAAGAUCCCAAAGAAAUUAAAAAGGAAGAACUAGAGGAAGAUCAACAGUGUAGUCACUUCCCUGAUUUUUCUUAUUCUGCCAGUAGCAAAAUCAUAAUAAGCGAUGUUCCCAGUAGAAAGGAUCACAUGUGCCAUCCUCAUGGAAUUAUGAUCAUUGAAGAUCCCACAGCAUUAAACAAACCAGAGAAGCUAAAAAAGAAAAAGAAGAAAAGCAAAAUGGAUCGACAUGGAAAUGAUAAAUCCACACCCAAGAAGACUUGCAAAAAGAGGCAGUCUUCAGAGUCGGACAUCGAGAGUGUCAUCUACACCAUUGAAGCUGUUGCAAAGGGAGACUGGGGCAUUGAGAAACUUGGAGAAAGCCCUCGCAAGAAGGUCCGCACAUCCUCAAGUGGCAAGGGAAGCAUUUUGGAUGCCAAGCCACCAAAGAAAAAAGUGAAAUCAAGAGAGAAGAAAAUGUCAAAGGAGAAAUCCUCAGACACCACCAAAGAGUCAAGACCUCCAGAUUUCAUUAGUAUUUCUGCCAGCAAGAACAUUUCUGGUGAGGUGCCAGAGGGUAUAAAAGCAGAACCGUUGACCCCCACGGAGGAGGCAUUACCACCCAGCCUGUCGGGACAGGCCAAGCCUGAGGAAAGUGACUGUCACAGAAAAAUAGAGACUUGUGGCUCCCGGAAAUCUGAGAGGUCUUGCAAAGGUGCUCUUUAUAAAACCCUGGUGUCUGAAGGCAUGCUCACCUCUCUGCGAGCUAAUGUUGACAGAGGGAAACGAAGCUCAGGAAAAGGAAACUCCUCUGACCAUGAAGGGUGUUGGAAUGAAGAAAGCUGGACGUUUAACCAGAGUGGGACCAGUGGGAGCAAGAAGUUCAAGAAGACAAAGCCAAAGGAAGAUUCUCUCCUUGGCUCAGCAAAGCUGGAUGAAGAAUUUGAAAAAAAAUUCAACAGCCUCCCUCAAUAUAGUCCUGUUACAUUUGACCGGAAAUGCAUACCUGUCCCAAGGAAAAAGAAGAAGACUGGAAACAUGUCCUCAGAACCGACUAAAACCAGCAAAGGUCCUUUCCAGUCUCAGAAAAAGAACUUAUUCCACAAAAUUGUCAGCAAAUAUAAGCACAAAAAGGAGAAGCCUAAUGUUCCGGAAAAAGGAAGUGGGGAUAAAUGGUCAAACAAGCAACUCUUCUUGGAUGCCAUUCACCCUACAGAAGCCAUAUUUUCAGAAGACAAGAACACCACAGAGCCUGCUCAUAAGGUUAAAAAUGCCCUAUCCAUUCCCAACACUCCAGAGCCGACAACAACACAAGAACCCUUGGUGGGCAGCCAGAAGAGAAAAGCAAGGAAAACCAAGAUCACCCACCUUGUCAGAACAGCAGAUGGCCGGGUAUCACCAGCAGGAGGUACUUUGGAUGACAAACCAAAGGAGCAGCUGCAGAGGAGUCUCCCAAAAGUGACCGAGACGGGCUGCCAUGACGAAGCUUCCCACAACCCCGAGGCCGCGGAGACGCGGAGCAGCACUCCGGAGAUGCCAGCUGUGUCUGCGUUCUUCAGUCUUGCCGCACUGGCGGAAGUGGCCGCCAUGGAAAAUGUGCACAGAGGUCAGAGGUCAACUCCGCUCACGCAUGACGGACAGCCGAAAGAAAUGCCCCAGGCUCCUGUACUUAUUUCCUGCGCUGACCAGUGAAGCGCCCUUUAGUUGUAAAACAUUGUGCUUUACCUACUACCCUAGCCUUGUCUUUACCGAGGGAUGCUAGCGAGUCCGUGUGGUGGGAAAGACAGACUGCGAACAAGUGCUCAUUGCCCUGCGCGGCCCAGAUUCACUUGAAGCGGAAGUUAGCCUCCUGGGCCGGUGUGUUCUCUUGGAACCCAGAGCCUCUGAGGGUGAUGUUAUCUGUCUGGUAAUGAGCAGAAACGGAAUGAUCCUGGAGCUUUGCUUUCUAUUGAAGGCUUUUGACGGUAAUAGGUGGUAACUUGGUAAGAGGCUGCCUUUACUGUAGCUCAUCCAGCAUCUCUUUUACCAACCAGAGAGUGUGAAACUAGUUUCGUAUAUUACCUAGUUAUUCUUUCAAAACAAAACAAAACAAAACAAAAACAAAAACUGACGCACUGCACUAGUUAUUAUUAGAUAUUCUUAGUCUUUUUUGUACAUGGAGAUUUAAGUUCUAAGAUGGUUUAUAUAAUAGGUUAUACCUACAUUUAUAUUGUAGAAUAAUAUUAAAAAGCCUGUUGCAGAGCCUCCCAAGCAGCACGGGCAGGCGGAUGUACCAUUGUUAGCGGUGUAUGCUCAGCUCGUGGUCCAUGUAUUCUGCACUUUUAUAUAUUUGCCACCAGAGUGGUAGUUUGCUGGCAAAAAAAAAAAAAGAGAAAGAGAAAAAAUUAGAAUUCUUACAAGCUGAAUUUUUUUCUUAGCCUUGAGUGACCAAGAAGAAUUUGCUUGGGGUACAUUGUGGCAAAUAUUUUUCCCAGACAGGGGAAGAGUCCUGCAGGUUACAGAUUACUGAUGUUUUCAUGCCUUGAGGAUUCUUUUAUUUUUUACACAGGGGUCUAAGUGACCAAUGGAUCGUUCAUACAAACAAAAAAAAAAAAAAAAAGAAAAAUAUUAUUCAGAAGUGACCUUAGUAUUACUUCACUAUUCUGAACACAUUGAAGACACUCACUUCAUGUGGACUUGGAGCUACAGACCUUUUCCAUCCAUCCCCAACAGACUGGACGGGUAGCAGCCGCUAUGCACAGCCUGAUGACCGCUGCAGGGUUUUAGAGCCAUUUCGAGUUGUGUGUUGUGAAGGAGGUAUGGAAUAAAUGAUGAGGGAGCUAUGCCUGACCAGGGUGGGAGUCUUAGUCAUAGAGCCACCUGCAAGUUUGUUUCCUUUUUGUGUUCUGUUGCUUUUGAACAUAAAACCAACCGUACACAUGCCAGUGCCAAUGCCAAGCGGAUUACCUGGCUUAUUAGAACAUUUGACAUAUUGACUUAACCACCUGACAUUCACAGUGUCUUGUUUCCUAGCAACACAUGCAGAGUGAUAGAAUUAGUCGGAGGCUACCGAUUUUACAGGGUAUUUGUUCCAUAGCACAAAGUGUAUCCCCACUCUUGCAUCGCAGCACAAACUACCAAAUUUUAAUUAUUGGAUUCCAGCAAUAAUUUUUAUUGGUUUUCAAACUGGCAGAAUUUUGAUAGCGUUAGUUCGAGUUCGAAGUUUUGAAUUAGAUCUCUACAUGGUAACAGUUUACAAGGUUUUAUCUAGCUUUCUUAUUUAUACUGGACUCAAUUGUAACGAUGAUUUUUUUUUUCUAAUCGUAAUUUGACCUAAUAGCCAUACAAAAAAAAAAAAAAUGACUCUAUUAGUAAUGACUAGGUUUAGCUUUUCAUAGUUGUAGAUAUUACUUCAGUUUCGGUGCUGGAAAAUAUGUACAACAUACUAACAGAAUUGAAAAAGAAUAUAGGGAUUUGGUUUGUUGUUUUUGUUUUUUUUUCUUUUCUUUUCUUCAAAGCAGGUAAAGAGGGCAGCAGAGCAUUGGAACGGUGUCCUCAAAAAUGCAUAAUCAUUGUGGGCAUGGAGGAAGAAGGAAAUAGUAAGCUAGGUUAGUCAGAGGUUAAAGCUUAACCCUAUUCACAUAGAAAUAAAUCAGGUGAGCAACCCCAGAUUUUAGCAUAAGAUUUUUACUAUGAUGCUGUUUUAUUAAGAUUUUCUAAACUUCAAAACACAAAGUGAAUGUUUGAAAAUUGCUGGGUCCCAGUGUUGGUGGCUGUUGGAGUUUUUGGACCACUUGCUAGCAGUGAUUUAGAAGUUAUAAUUAGCUAAAAAUCCAAAAGAAAAGGAAACCAACAACAAAAAUUGUUUGGUGCAGAACAUGCACCUUGACAAUGGUACUAACUUGUUAUUCUAUAGAACACGUUAGAAUAGAUCUAUUUUUGCCAGAGCACCCUCCUUCAGUCCUCCAGUUACAUUUCACUAGAUUUCCUUAAGAGAUUGCUGUAUAUUCAUGGGACCUUUUUUAAAAGAAGCAAAACAAAAGAUUACUUUUUUCUAUGUGAUUAAUAUCUUACUUGAUCUGCUUUUCCUAAACCUCAGUGGCUUUUCCCUUAGGCAUGGGUGGGGUGGGAGGGCAAUCUACUGGAUAUGACUGUUUUCAGAUACUUUAAAAAAAAAACCUUUUUGUAGAAAUGCUUAAUUUUUAAGCGGUUAGGCACUGAGAGUAGCAGAAAUCCUGCAAAGCUUUAUAGUCCUUUAGACACUCGCCUUGUUGUUUCUCUGAGUGAAGUCUUGAUUUCAAUAAUAGUGCUUUUCUCAUGCCCUGAAUCCGCUGGAGAGGGGUGUUGGUAUUUUCAGGUAACAACAUUUGUUAGCACAAAUAUUUCAGACCAACUUGUAGUGCCCCCCCAUCUAUCAUUUUCAUUUCAUUUCUCUCAUUCUUUUAUAUUUUGGAAAAUCAUAUUGCUAUGGUGUGUACUUUAAUCUGCCAGCAAACACCAUCGACACUAACAUUUGUCCCACAAGCAUCCUCAAGAGAAAAAGUUGUUGCACCUUAUGUAUAUCUCAAGCAAACCAAAAUAUGAUGCUUUUCUGCUUUGUUUUAUUCUAAAUUGUUGUAUCAUAUCUUUCUGAAAAACCAUUCUGAAUCUAGUUGAAGUUAUCGAUAUUUAUGCUUUUAACCUUAAUUUCUGGAUUCAAACCUGUAUAUAAAUCUUUUGAAAAAAAUUGUCCUAGCCCUUCUCUGUGAUGCCGAAGUGGAUGAUUUCGUCUCAGAUGGAGACACAGUACUGUUCCAGUUUUCUUUAGCCUUUUAUUUAUUUAGUUAUUCUGGGUAUUUUCCUAUGUAAUUUUGAAGUGUGUAGAGUGUAUUAUAGUAACUGAAGCUACAGCUCUACAAAGCUGAGUGAAAGAAGAAAAAUACUGUAAGACAUCCUUCUUAAGUUUUUAUUCGUUUGAAUAACUGUAAUGAGAUCAGGAAAAGGAAAAAUGUCCCCCAGCCACAUUGACGAUACAGGUUCUUAUCCCCAAAUUAGGUUAGUUCCCAGAUUUUAGAUCACAACGUAAUUCAUCAAAGCCCUUUUAUAAGGGUAAGUCAUACUGUUGUAAUUCUGACGGUCUUUUCCCCACAAAUACCAGAACUGUGUCCAUUGAGUUCUGUCAGAUGAGCUCUGUACCAGUGCCAGCUCAAAGCCAUGCUGAAAUCAUUCCCACAUUAUCACUGAUUCUAGUUCCUGCCAUUAAAACUGCUGGAGGGAAAAAAAAAAAAAAAAAAGGUGGACCACUCUGAACAAAAAGGAGCAUCUGAACUGGUCUGGUUAUUUAUAUUCCAAUGGGUUUAUUCCCUGUCACUUUGUUAUCCAGUCAGAUGCUACUCUGCCUAAGUCCUAGAAAAUCUUGUUUGCACUCUGCAGUGUUUGGCUCAUCGUAUGGAAAAGUUUGCACCUCUGUAAAAUCUCAAGCAAAUUAUAAAUUGAUACAGAACCAGGAGUAGAAGCCGGAAACUGAAUGACAUGUUUUGUUCGUACGGGGUGGGGGUAGGGGAAGGGAAGGAGGGUAUCCAAUAACUCUGUUCCAAGUUUGGCGUUUGGCAUUAAUGUGAAGCAGUGGGACCGUGUGCUGCCUGCUGAACUACUGUAUGAAUUCCAAGCGUUCUGGAGGCCGGCGGCCGGCGACCACACAGCAGAGGGGAAGCACCACCGCCUCGCUGGGGAGAAGGAAGGAUGUCCAGCAAGGCCUGGAACCGCCCCUUUGUAAAGGGGGAGGCGAGGGGUCCGUGAUGCUGUUGAGGAGACUCGCCUUUGAUUGCACUGCUCCCUCGAGCCCUCACGUGAGGCCAAUCCUAACAGGCUACCUCGGCUUCAAAAGUUCCUUUCAGUAAGUCCUGUUUGCGGGGUUUGUCCUUCCUUGCUCCUUCCUUCAGUGCCACUGUUUCCCACUGCAGUGUUGUGAUUUCCCAGACCGCCUUCUCCAGAGAGAACAAUGUAUUGCUGAAAAUGGGCAGUAGAAGCAAAUGUUGUUACUACAUCUGACCUAUAAAGUAUUCAGAGUGACUGCUAGGUGGAAAUUAAAUUUUAGCUUUCCCCAUAUAGGACCUUGUUUUGCACCUUACACAGAGUGUACUAAUUGUUAAUAAGCUGUUGCUUUUAUUUAUACAAGCAUUCCCAAAGAACUAGAUUUGGAUUUUGUUUUUAUUUGAGUUUUGGGAUUUUUUUUUUAAUUAUCUUAUUUAGAUUGACUAACAUCGUACUUAUAAUAAGAAACAGUUGUUCAGUUUAUCUUACCAGAUAUGUCUGGUGAAGUAUUCAGGGUUUGAUGGACUGCUUUGCUUUAGUGUGGAAAUGAUAGCUAAGUUUAUUAUACUCCAUAUUAAAUCACCUUGUCCUGUUCACUGGGGACACUAUUUUCUUUACAUCUCAGAUGAAAGAAGUGACAAAAUAGUGAAUAACAAGACAAAUCUGUUUGACUCCCCUGAUACACCUCCAUCUGUUUGUGCUAUGCUUUCCUUAAAAAAAUAGAAGUAUACAUUUUCCUCACACCCAAAAAAGAGUGUCUUUCCUGGCCAAAUCUUCUUUGUGGUGGUAGGACUUAUGCUAAUAAAUUGAAAGGAAGAAACCUUGUACUAAGUUCUAUGGCCAGUGUUUCCUUGUUGCAGUCCAUGGUCAGAAUUGAUCCUGCCCUCAAAUCGAUUUUUGUGCACAGAACUAGUUAUUGUGAGAAUUACUACUCCUUCCAAAGAUCGCCCAGGACCUUGGGCCAGAACCGGUUACCGAGUAACAAGGACCUAAUUCGAUGCCUCCACACCCUCCCACCCGCACCGCAAAUCAUACCUCACAGGCUCUAACCUGAAUCCCAGAGGCACGCGGGUUUUGCGAACUAACACUGCUGUCCCUUUGCAGCCCCCAGGGGCUGGCUCGUGUCCCCUGACGCCUCACGUUAGUGCCUCGGCUCUGAGAGCAGCAGAACUGGGGGUGGGGCAGGUUUGUGACCUGGAGCUCAGCACGUGCUCAGCAACGUUCUUCUCAUUUCCUUCGCACUAAACAAGUCUCUUGCUCUCAGGAAUUUGUCCAAAAAAAAAUAAAUAAAUAAAUAAAAUAAAAACCACCUGAGAUUCCAUGUACCAGAUUAUGAACUUUUCUCAUAGGUUUGAAUUGCUUACUUACAUGUCAUAAAUUAACCAUAGCUUCAUUUGACCACCAGGUCUGAAGUCUGUUGACAGUUUCAGCAUGACUGAAUCGCUCAUUUUUUUUGCUUUCAGAAAUUGGCUUGGUUCUCUUUAGAGUUGGUGUAAACAUGCCAUGUAAUAAAUGAUUUCCACUUAAUGGUACAACAGAAUUAUUGCUUUCUUAGAUGUAUGUGUAGUAAAAGUCAAUAUACACAUUUAUAUAAUUUCUUUCUUCAAAAUCUUAUACUUAAUUUGAUAUCUCUAAAAAUUGCACAUGUAAGUCAUGUGUAUAACAUGCUAAAGUACUUUAACUGUGAUCUUAAAACUGAAUAAAAAUAUUUAAUAAAAAUUUGAAAUAUUUUAAA